CGCUCCUCCCGUUGGCCUCACCCUUAAACCAUUAAGCGUUACUCGUUUUACGCGUAAUCCCACUGUCGCCCUAUCAUCCGAUGGGUGCAGUUCCGCCCAUUCCGCGAUCCUUCUCGACCUCCUAAGUCCUACUCAACCCGCCCUUUAUGUCCAGCGGCGUCGACGUGGGCAAACGCUCUGGCAUCUGGUCAUAUUUUGGAUUCUCCUCGACGCCUCGACGCCGCGUUUCCGUGUCGCUGCCGACACGCAACACCACCAGCCAUUUCGACUUGACCGACCCGUACGAGAAGCCGGAUCGUCACAUCUCAGGCCGUAUGCAUAGCAAGGACGGAGGUCGGACCGCGUGGAUGAACGCAGGGCAGCGGACCCGGCUCGUGAAGGCCUUAGGCCUGGUCACGUUCAUUAUCGCCAUAUUCUUCUUCCUGGCCCCGAGUGAGAGGCACAGGGUUGGGAAAUAUGUGGAAGAUCAUGCGCCUUUCCACGGGCAGCAAGGAGACGUGGCCUCAGAUCCCUCCGUGGGCACUUCAAAAUGCACGAAAUCCUCCUCUCCGCAGAAGCCCAUCGUCCAGUAUGCACUGAUGAUCGACGCCGGUAGCACCGGAUCCCGAAUCCACGUCUACCGAUUCAACAACUGCAACGAGACGCCGGAACUCGAGGAUGAAAUUUUCGAGCAGACGGAGCCGCGCAAAGGCGGCUCGGGUCUCAGUUCCCACGCACCCAAUGCCGACGCGGCGGCGGCGAGUUUGGACGUCUUGAUGGAGGUGGCGAUGAAAAACGUCCCAGACAAACUCAAGCCAUGCACACCGAUUUCUGUCAAGGCAACUGCGGGUUUGCGGAAGCUAGGCGAGGAGAUGAGCGACCAGAUUCUCGAGGAGGUUCGCACGCGGUUGGAAUCGAAAUAUCCCUUCCCGGUGGUCUCCAAGGACAAUGGCGGAGUGGAAGUAAUGCCGGGCGAGGACGAGGGCGUAUUCGCAUGGAUCACGGUCAAUUAUCUCCUCGGUAGGAUCGGCGGACCCGCGAAACAUUCCACCGCCGCCGUCUUCGAUCUGGGCGGCGGGUCGACGCAGAUUGUGUUCGAACCGACGUUCAACGUCUCCGACACCCUCCCCGAAGGCGACCACAAGUACAGCCUGAAUUUUGGCGGGCACGAAUACCUGCUAUAUCAACACUCGUACCUGGGAUACGGGCUCAUGGCGGCACGCGGCAACAUCCACCAAGCGGUCAUCAGCUCCGUCCACGCGAAGAACGGCGAGGACCACACAUGGCUGGCCAGUCCGAUCAUCAACCCCUGCAUCGCCCCCGGCAUGGAGGAGAUCGUCGAGGUGGCGCUGGACUUCGAGCAGCCCUACGGCGAGAAGAAGAACGUCACGAUGAAGGGCCCGCACGCCGGUGCGCCUGCGCAAUGCCGCGCGAUCGCCGAGGCGACGCUCGAGAAAGAAGCGGAGUGCAAGCUGAUGCCGUGCGCGUUCAAGGGGGUGUACCAGCCGUCGCUAGAGGAGACGUUCGCGACGGAGGACAUCUACUUGUUCUCGUACUUCUACGACCGCACGCGCGUGCUGGGCAUGCCGGAGAACUUCAGCAUCCGCGAGCUGAAGGAGGUGACGGAGCGGGUGUGCCAUGGGGAGAGCGAGUGGGACGUGUUCUACGCGGUGGAGGACGCGGUGAAGGAGUUGAAGAAGAAGCCAGAGUUUUGUCUGGAUUUGAACUUCAUGGUCGCGCUGCUGCAUUCGGGAUACGAGAUGCCCAUUGACCGGGAGGUGCGCAUUGCGAAGAAGGUGAAGGGGAAGGAAUUGGGAUGGUGUCUAGGUGCUAGUUUACCCUUACUCGCCAAGGAGUCGGGAUGGCAAUGUAAAGUCAUGGAGAUAUCAUAGAGCGGCCCUAUCGCCGAUCGUGGAUUUUCUGCAUCGUUCAUGGAGUUCGAGGCUACUACCGGAAAAAUCGGUUUCUGCGUUGGUGAAGGACCGGCUGGGCCUGUAAUUGUACAAAGUUAAGACCGUGCAAUAGACUCUUCAUUGUCGACGAGAGAACAGGAAAAUGGAUUUACUAAUUAGCGGCAUUCAAACGAACCACCCAAAUGAACGCUGGGGUAUCUUUCAACGUGAGAACCUCCUGAUGUGACACCGCCAUUGCAACAUCCAAACC